GGGCCUCCAAGCCACCCGCUACAGAAGCUCCGGGGCGCUUCACCUGCACUGCAGGUUUCCCGCACCAUGUCGGUGCGGACGUUACCGCUGCUCUUCUUGAACUUGGGCGGGGAGAUGCUUUACGUCCUGGACCAGCGGCUGCGGGCCCAGAACAUCCCGGGAGACAAGGCCCGCAAAGAUGAAUGGACAGAGGUGGACAGAAAACGAGUUCUGAAUGACAUCAUUUCCACCAUGUUCAAUAGAAAGUUUAUGGAGGAAUUGUUUAAACCCCAAGAACUGUACUCCAAGAAGGCCCUGAGGACUGUUUACGACCGCCUGGCUCAUGCCUCCAUUAUGAGGCUGAACCAGGCCAGCAUGGAUAAGCUGUAUGACCUGAUGACCAUGGCUUUCAAAUAUCAAGUAUUGCUGUGUCCCCGUCCCAAGGAUGUGCUGCUGGUCACUUUCAAUCAUUUAGAUGCCAUCAAGGGAUUCAUUCAGGACUCCCCAACCAUCUUGCAUCAAGUGGAUGAGACUUUCCGGCAGCUGACAGAAAUAUAUGGGGCUCUCUCUGCUGGGGAGUUCCAGCUGAUCAGGCAGACGCUCCUCAUCUUCUUCCAAGACCUGCAUAUCCGAGUAAGUGA